AGUUUCAUUCAGGCACAGUUCGAUCGCUUGUUUCAGUAAGCAAACAGCACCUCCUAUCUGAAAAUGGCAUUCAAGUUCGUGACCUUCCUCGCCCUGGUGGCCGUUGCCCGCGCCGGAGUCAUCUCCAGCCCGGCUCUGUCCUACGCUGCUGCUCCGGCUCUGUCGUACGCCGCUGCCCCAGCCCUGUCCUACGCCGCUCCAGUGGCCAAGACCGUGUCCUAUGCUGCCCCCGCCCAGUACGCCUAUGCUGCCCCAGUGGCCAAGACCAUUGUUGCUGCCCCGGCCCUGACCAAGACCGUUGUCGCCGAUGAGUACGACCCGAACCCUCAGUACUCUUUCUCGUACGGAAUCUCCGACAAACUGACCGGAGACCAGAAGGAACAGCACGAGACCCGCAACGGAGAUGUUGUCCAGGGAUCUUACUCGCUGGUUGAAGCUGACGGAACCCGCCGCAUCGUUGAUUACACCGCUGACCCACACAACGGAUUCAACGCCGUCGUCCGCAAGGAAGGACUCGCCGCCCCAGUCAUCGCCGCCAAGACCGUGAUCGCUCAGCCCGCCAUUGCCAAGGCCGUCUAUGCCCAGCCCGCCUACACUUCCUACGCCGCCCCAGCUGUGACCAAGACCAUCGUCCAGCAGCCAGCUUAUGCCACCUAUGCCGCCCCAGUGGCCAAGGCCGUCUAUGCUCAGCCAGCUUACACCUCGUACGCCGCCCCUCUGGCCACCAAGACCAUCGUGUCCCAGCCAGCUUAUGCUUCAAGUCUGGCCAAGACCGUGUCCUAUGCUGCCCCCGCCCAGUACGCCUAUGCUGCCCCAGUUGCCAAGACCAUUGUUGCUGCCCCGGCUCUGACCAAGACCGUUCCCGCCAUUGCCAAGGCCGUCUAUGCCCAGCCCGCCUACACUUCCUACGCCGCCCCAGCUGUGACCAAGACCAUCGUCCAGCAGCCAGCUUAUGCCACCUAUGCCGCCCCAGUGGCCAAGGCCGUCUAUGCUCAGCCAGCUUACACCUCGUACGCCGCCCCUCUGGCCACCAAGACCAUCGUGUCCCAGCCAGCUUAUGCUUCGUACGCCGCCCCAGCUCUGUACCACUAAGAAUAUCCGACUGAUGCUAUUUUCCAAGGCUGUUUGUUAACUGUGUUAACUUAUUUAUAAACUACAAAAAAGUACUGAAUAGAUGAAAAAUCAUCCAAAAAUCUAA